ACUACAACGGAAUACGGAAGAUAUAUAUAAAAAAUAUGUCAUACACAACAAUUUGUUAUACUAAUGUGGAUGAUAUUUCAUCCAAACAACAACAACAACAACCACACAUACCAUCACCUCUUUUGAACUCCAAUAAUCAGUGCAGUAGCAGUGCCAAUAGCCUUGAAAAUGAUACCAAUCCCAAAUUGAAAAUCCACAAAAAUGUACACAACAAACCAAAAUUACCAACUCCAACAAAAACUACAUCAACCCCAAUGCCAACAACUGUAGCGAUGAAUUGUAGUAUCAACACAGCAGGAAAUACAAAUGAUGCCACCCAACUACCAUUGUGUAUCGUACAUGAUUCCGCUGCUGCGGAGGGUAUUAACAAUAUGGGCUUUGUGGGUAAUUUUCCCGCACAUACCGGCAGCGGAAGUCAACAGAGUGCGCUAGCAAUGGAAGAAGUGCAACGUCGUCGUUCUGAGUAUGCGAUAGCCUAUGCAACGGAUGCCUUGCAAAGUGAUAGUAACUAUUUAAGCAGUAUUAAUCGGACACGUCCACUGUCGUAUGUUCAAACGAAAUUAACCAAAAAUGGCUAUGCUAGUGUGCUGCAAAGACAGGAACUUGAAGCUACAACAACAAUGAUGAGCAGCAAUCAGCGACCGUGUAUGAACACCAAAAAUUCACAAAAUAAUCUAUGCAAUGGUGGCAUAUCUGGUAAUCACAUACUACCUACCAAAAUACAAAAUAAUACCAGUCCGAAUGGACAGAAGAAGGGCACAGUUUCAUUAUCACACCUACCGCAGCGUCCACCAGUUGAUAUUGAAUUUUGUGAUAUAUCCUAUUCGGUGUCGGAAGGACGACGACGUGGCUUUAAAACAAUACUGAAAGGCGUUUCGGGUAAAUUUCGAAAUGGCGAGCUUACUGCAAUUAUGGGUCCAUCUGGUGCUGGCAAGAGUACGCUUAUGAAUAUUUUAGCAGGUUACAAAACGGCUCAAUUGAGCGGCUCAGUAUUGAUAAAUGGCAAAGAACGCAAUUUACGUCGCUUCCGGAAGCUGUCUUGUUACAUUAUGCAAGACGAUGUGCUCAUUGCGAAUCUCUCUGUCCGUGAAGCAAUGAUGAUAUCUGCCAAUCUGAAAUUGGGUAAGAACAUGAGCAAGGCUGCCAAAAAAGUUGUUGUUAAUGAAAUUCUCGAAACGAUUGGCUUAAUGGAAUCAAGCAAUACUCAGACUUGUAAUCUCUCGGGUGGACAACGUAAACGUCUGUCUAUAGCAUUAGAAUUGGUCAACAAUCCACCUGUUAUGUUUUUCGAUGAGCCCACAUCUGGCCUAGACAGUUCAACAUGCUUCCAGUUAAUAUCAUUGCUCAAGUCAUUAGCACGUGGUGGCCGCACUAUAGUUUGCACUAUUCAUCAACCCUCUGCACGUUUAUUUGAGAAAUUUGAUCAUCUCUAUAUGUUGGCCGAGGGACAAUGCAUGUAUCAAGGACGUGUACGCGGCUUGGUGCCAUUUUUAUCAUCAUUAGGUUACGAUUGUCCAUCAUAUCACAAUCCAGCUGAUUAUGUGCUCGAAGUAGCCUCGGGUGAGUACGGCGAAUGUGUGAGCAAGCUGGUGUGUGCUGUUAAGAGCGGUAUGUGCAAGAAGUACAGUCAAAAAGACUAUGGUGUUGGUUUGGUUAAUGCAAAGGUUAUAGCAAAUGACAUAGCUAAGGGUGGUGGUUGCAGUAGUGGUGUAAAUGCCACCACUGCCACUACAACUGUAACACUGGAAGAUGAGAAAAAUAAACUGGAUGAAUUACCAACAGCCGAAGAUGAAUUAGGCGAACUUAAACCACCGAAACUAGAAACACAACAAUCACAACAAUCUGAUUGCACUGUUAUAAAUAUGUCCAUGCCUAGCAAUGGGAGUAGUAGUUCUGGUGCCAUACCGUUUGGCGCGAAUGGCAACGAUGAUAGCUGCAGCUUCAGUUCAAAGGGAGGUCAGAGCGCCCAUGCAGUGGGAACUAAUGCUAAUACGGCUGGCUGCACUACAUCGUUAUUGGAUUCGCAUGAGAGUGUUAUAACAUUACCGAAUAAGUCGGGUUUCCCCACAAGUGGCUGGACACAAUUUUGGAUAUUGCUCAAACGUUCCUUCGUUACAAUAAUGCGUGAUCGCAUGCUGACGCAUAUGCGUCUGGCAUCGCAUAUAAUUGUUGGUGCAAUUAUUGGCAUGAUCUACUACGAUGUUGGUAAUGAGGCUUCCAAAGUAAUGAGCAAUGCUGGUUGCAUUUUCUUUACAACUUUAUUCACCAUGUUUACGGCCAUGAUGCCAACUAUUUUAACAUUUCCAACCGAGAUGUCUGUAUUUGUGCGAGAACAUCUCAACUAUUGGUAUUCGUUGAAAGCAUUCUAUUUUGCCAAAACCAUGGCUGAUCUGCCAUUUCAGAUCAUCUUCUCAAGCGUUUAUGUGAUUGUUGUCUACUAUUUGACUUCCCAACCUAUGGAAUUGCAGCGGGUAUCGAUGUUCGUUUUUAUUUGUGUCCUCACCUCCCUGGUGGCUCAAUCGCUCGGUCUACUUAUCGGCGCUGGUUUGAAUAUCGAGGCAGGCGUAUUUUUAGGCCCGGUCACGACAAUACCUACAAUAUUGUUUUCGGGCUUCUUUGUCAACUUCGAUACCAUACCAGGUUAUCUGCAAUGGGUGACUUAUGUCAGCUAUGUACGCUAUGGCUUUGAAGGCGCUAUGGUCUCCAUUUAUGGCAUGGAUCGUGCUAAAUUACAAUGCAGUGAAAUGUAUUGCCACUUCCGCAGCCCCAAAAAGUUCCUCGAAGAAAUGUCCAUGGACACUGCAGUUUACUGGGUCGAUGCGGUGGCACUAAUUGGCACAUUCAUCGCUCUACGUAUAAUCGCGUACUUCGUAUUACGCUGGAAAUUGCAUUUGAUACGUUAAAUAUCGUUAGUCUAUUAUUAUUAAUAUUAAUAUUAUGAUUAUUAUUAGUAUGUCUGCAUAUAUAUAUAUAUAUAUGUAUAUAUAUAUAUAUAUGAAUAAUUGUAAUUGUAUUUGUAACUGAAUUUGUACUAGAAAUUAGUGAACAUAAUC